AUGGCUAUUUCUACCGAGUGCACGACCUACGUGACGUGUGCUGCUGUGCUAUACGUGAAAUUUGUGCUGGCCACGAUGAUCCAGGCAAUCAAGACGUUCGAGGUCGGUGGUCGCCCCCCUGAGGACAAGACGUUACCACUGGCCAAGGGUAACCCUGUCCAAACAUUUGGCUUCGCCACCCCAUCUGAAGACCAGAGCGAAAAGAUUCAAAAAGCCAAAGUAGCGGAAAUACGCUGGCGUCGCAUUGUUCAGAAUGAUCUCGAGUCAAUUCCGCUAGCGCUAAUCGUUUUUGGUGCUGGUAUAAUGGCCAAGGGUAACUCGGUCGUGCAGAUUUGCGUCAUGGUUAGUUACACAGCUGUGCGCUGCUUCCACACAGUGGCGUACUCGAAUGCGUUGCAUCCGCACCGUGCACUUUGUUGGCUAUUCGGCAUUAUCUUUAUCAUUACAGGUGCAGCGAAUGCACUUUACGGCGCAUUUUUUAACUAG